AACCGCAGUAGAGUUUUGUUGAAAAAUACCCUAAACUGGGUUAUAUAAAUGGGUUGUUUCAACGCGCUAUAUUAUUCCAGUAGUCGUACACCCAAAAGAGGAAAAGAGUUUGUCAUUUUAAAGUUAAAAUACCAUUACGACCAACAUACUAUCUUUAUACUGCAUUAUCGUAUAAUCAUGCUGCGAAAUAAAGUGAUGUUGGCAUUCGUGUUGGUGGCGUGCUUGGUACUACUCACGUCGAGGGUGAAUGCUGGUCGCCGUAGGUCUAGUACACGAAUGAGUCGACAGAAUCCUGGUGGUCGUUGGGGUGGUGCUGGUGGCGGUCGUCGUGGGGGCUGGGGUUUUUGGGACAAUGAGCUUGCAAGAGCGAAACGUGACAUCAAAAAUGAAAACGCAAUUGUUGACGAGUUUGUUCAAUAAAACUGACAUGCUGUAACUUUUAAAGUCUUGUUGUACAAUCUUAUGUAUAUUUCAAGCAUUUACUGCCAACUCGUUGGUUCAAUAAUUAAGUGAACGAAUUUUCUCUUAAAUUUUAUUAUUUUUUCCGAAAAUCAUAUUAGAGCAGCGGUUCCCAAACUGGGGUCCGCGGUCCAACUGGGGACAGCAGUUUACUGGGUUCGCAAUGAAGCAAUGAGUGUGGUCCUAAACCAGUGAGACUGUGGUACGCGUAUUAUAUAGUGGUACGCGAAGGUCUCCCAGGUGGUACGCGAGCAACUCAUUAAGUUUGCACCAAACGGUCGCAAAUGAUAUUUUCUUAGCAAUUUAUUGAUUGACGUAUUUUAAGUCACAUAAGUUAAAAGGAAAAUAUCCAACCUGUUUUCAAGCACGUGCAGGCUAAAUAUUCAAGGGGACAAUCGCUAUUAUGACGCAAAUGAUCAACGUGUAAAUUGCUAUUAUGUUGUAAUUAAUUGCCAGGUCAGACAAUCGCUAUUAUAUAUGAUGCAGUGAAUCCACGUGUGAAUCCGUACUAUUUCGUAAUAAACACGCUGUUUGGCUGAGAAAACAUUGCAAA